AUCGUCCAAAGACUAUAUAUACUCGGUUAAGUCACAGCUUAGCCGAUGCAUUCACUUUGCAGCUUCGGUUGCUAAGGAACCGCCGAAAGCAGGUGGUAUAAAUCUGAUGAUGACGUUAUAGUAAGAAAACUGGUCAGUCUGGCUGGUUGAGGUGUUGAGGGGGCAUCAUAAACCACGCCAGGAUUCUGACUACUGAAAACUUCACUACCCUCAGUGAAGCUCCCAUCUCCAUGUGUUUCCUUGGACUGUGAAUAUGGUUACACUUAUCACAGAGCAGCUUCGUAAGCAGAGUUUGGAGGAACCUUAUCACAAGGCUUUUUCAUUCAAUGCCACUGUGUCGUUGCCUGCAGUGGGCUCCAGUCCAACCAUCUCAUGGAGUGCUUGUAGAAUGACGCAAGAAACCAGCUCUGCAACGCACCCGACAUCCAAAACACACAUUUCGGCUAAUUCCUGUGAGUUAGACUUUGUGUGGCCUCCCUUAUGUUCUGGAGAUCCCCUCCAGAGACCAGAGAAUGCCUUUACAGACCAAGCUUUCCAGAAUUCACCCCCACCACCUCCAAAACGCCACUGCCGAUCCCUCUCGGUUCCAGAGGAUCUGUCUCGGUGCCGUUCCACCUGGCAUCCUAGUGCAUCAAAGAUCUGGACUCCGGUCAAACGAGGUUGCUAUAGUAGAGGGGCAUCUAGUUCAGGCUCUGGAGCUAGUUCUUUGCCACUUUGUGGUCCCAGUUCUUCCUUCACAUCCUCCAUACAUUCAUCUUCCAGCCCUACCUUCUUUAGUUUAGCACUGUCAUCUGACUCCCCUUUAUCUUGGGGCUUCCCAUGGGACCCCUGUGAUGCACCGAGGGGAGCUUGUUCUGCCUCUUUUGCUACUCCUUCCUCAUGCUCUUCUUCACCAGCCCCACUGGUUUCUCAUUCAGUGCUGCAGCGCCGUUUCUCCCUGUCCCCUGUACACAUUCAGAAUGCCUCAGUGGCAAUCUUGAACCCUCAGCCCUCCUCUGUUUCAGCUCUUGCCUAUGGUUUUCCUGGCAUAGAGCACCCAGGCCUGUCUCCAUCUCCCACUUCAGCUUGCAGUACCCCCUCCUCUUCUAGGCGAGACCGGCACGCUGCAUUGCCACGAUGUCACUCACAGCCUUGUGACAUGCGCAAGCCUCGUUUGAAGAGGCGCCAUGACCCAGAUGUUCUGCCCUGCCCCAGGCCAGGCCUGGACUUCAGCAAGAUGACACAGAUUGGUAAUCGUGAAGGCCUGUUAGGUGAUGGUGGCUGCAUAUUUCCAGUGUCUUAUGCGGAGCAGCGCUUAUCCUUCUCCCCAGCUGAAUUUCUUGGACGAGCCAGCAUUGGGCCCUUAAGUGAAAGUGAAGAGGAGGAUGAAGAGGAAAGAAAAAGAACUAUAAUGGAUGUUGGAAAAAAUACAGUUUUUGAGAGAGACUGCACAGAAUUAGACUUGAACCUUAUAGAGGAAAACUGACUACUCUUUGGUGCUCCUAAUGUGACUACUGCAUUCAUACUCAUAUAAAGCUAAUGUCAAAUUGCAUUGCUAUGUUUGUAACAUUUGAGCAAGUUCACUAUUCAACAUUGCACAGUAAUGCCAGUGCCUGCCUGUUUGGCACUCAAUAGGGAAAUGCGCAUGAGCAAAUAAGCAAGUUUUCAUGUGCAGAGAUGUUUGACUUUAUGUUGAUACUAGUCUUAUUUUGCAUUAACCAUUGGUAUGCAUCUCACUAGUCUUGCAUAUCUUUGUCAAGGAACACUAUAUAUGGGAGUAAGCAGAAGGUUCUUAAUAUUUGCUCUGAUUAUUACAUUAUGUGCAGUAAAAAAAAAAAAAAGUGGUGAAAUUGGAUGAAAAUAGCUUUCUUCAGUGGCCCAGUCUAAUCCAGCAAUAGACUGCUUUUAGAUUUUGAUAUCUAAAUUUGGAUUAAUUGUGACCUAUUAAAAU